UCCUACUUACGAUUAUUCCUGGUAAGUACGAGCAGUUAUUAGUAAGCUUUCUCUUCUUCCCCCAAACUUGUACUGCUUGAUUACAUUUACUGUGAACUCAACUCAUGCAUUAAACCCUAUUUUUCUCCAUCCAAAUUUCUGUCGACGAAUUGGAAAAACUGAAUCAAAUCUCAGCUAUUAAUGGCGGUUUCGGAGGAAGAAUCCUCGUCUUCAUCCUCUGCCGGUUGCAGCAGCAAGUCACGAUCAGCUGCUUCUCGUGGCGCCUCUUAUUUAGCUAAGACUGUUCUCAGAGGUAGUGUUGUUCUGCAAGUCGUUUAUGGCCGUAUCCGCUCUUCUACUUCAUACGACGUCGUUCUUGGCAAGGAAACAUCUGUAGAGUUGGUGAUUAUAGAUGAAGAUGGAAUUGUGCAAUCUAUCUGUGAGCAGCCUGUAUUUGGCAUAAUAAAAGAUAUAGCUGUGCUGCCCUGGAAUGAGAAGUUUCGUGCUGGAAGCCUGCAGCUUUUGAGCAAGGAUCUCCUGGUUGUUAUUUCGGAUUCAGGGAAGCUCUCAGUUCUCAGAUUUUGCAAUGAAAUGCACAGGUUUUUCGCUGUAACACAUGUUCAACUUUCAUCUCCUGGAAAUCCGAGGCAUCAAAUUGGAAGGAUGUUGGCCAUUGAUUCCAGUGGCUGUUUCAUUGCUGCUAGUGCAUAUGAAGACAGAUUGGCUUUUUUCUCCCGCUCUGCUUCAGCUGGCAGUGAUAUACUUGAUAAGAGAAUCUUUUGUCCCACUGACAAUCAAGGGAAGAUUGAGACUGCCAGUGGUUUCACCAGUAUCUGUGGUACCAUAUGGAGCAUGUGCUUCAUCUCAACAGAUGUUCGUCAACCAAAUAAGGAGCACAAUCCUGUAUUGGCCAUUCUUCUGAAUAGGAGGAGAUCAUAUAGGACUGAGCUCAUGUUGAUAGAGUGGAAUAUGAAGGAGCAUUCACUCCAUGUAAUAUAUCAGUAUUCUGAACCUGGACCACUAGCACAUCGUAUCGUAGAAGUUCCUCAUUCUUAUGGAAUCCUGUUAGUAUUUCGUGCUGGGGAUGCUAUUGUGAUGGACUUUAGAGAUCCUCACAACCCUUGUUUUCUUUAUCGAAUAAGUUUAAAUUUUACACCACCUUCAGUUGAGGAGCAGAAUUUUGUAGAAGAGGCUAUUAGAAUUCCCGAUAUUAUUGACGAAGACGGUAUGUAUAGCGUUGCUGCAUCUGCAUUGCUUGAGCUUAGCGACUUGAAUAAAAAUGACCCAAUGAACAUUGAUGAUGAUAGCAAUGUAAAACCGGGUUCAAAUUUUGUCUGCGCAUGGAGUUGGAAUCCUGGAAAUGAGCAGAGUCCUAGGAUGAUAUUUUGUGCUGAUUCUGGAGAGCUUUUCCUGAUUGAUUUUUUAUUUGAUUCUGAUGGCCUGAAAAUAUCUCUGUCUGAUUGUCUUUACAAGACUCAACCAGCCAAGGCACUUUUGUGGGUGAGAGGUGGGUUUUUGGCAGUUAUCAUUGAGAUGGGUGAUGGGAUGGUGUUAAAAGUUGAAGAGGGAAAACUUGUUUAUAGAAGUCCAAUCCAAAAUAUUGCACCAAUAUUGGAUAUGUCCGUUGUGGAUUACCAUGAUGAGAAACAUGAUCAAAUGUUUGCCUGCUGUGGGAUGGCACCUGAAGGAUCUUUACGAGUUAUACGCAGUGGCAUCAGUGUAGAGAAAUUGUUGAAAACUGCUCCUAUUUAUCAGGGUAUUACUGGAACUUGGACAGUGAAAAUGAAAAUGGCUGAUUCUUAUCAUUCUUUCCUUGUACUAUCAUUUGUUGAAGAGACCAGGGUUCUAUCUGUUGGUGUGAGCUUUUCUGAUGUAACUGACUUCAUGGGUUUCCAGCCGGAUGUUUGCACGUUGGCUUGUGGUCUUGUGGGCGAUGGUUUACUGGUGCAAAUCCACCAGACUGCUGUGAGACUACUAUGUGUACCUACUAUUGCUGCACAUCCAGAUGGUAUUGAUUCGUUAUCACCAACUUUCACCUCAUGGUCCCCUGAUAAUAUGACAAUAAGCCUUGGAGCUGUUGGGCCUAAUUUGAUAGUUGUUGCAACUUCCAGUCCAUGCUUCUUAUUUAUUCUUGGCAUCAGGACCUUAUCAGCCCAUCAUAAAGAAAUAUACCAGAUGAAACAUGUGAGAUUGCAAGAUGAACUAUCCUGCAUUUCAAUCCCCCCGCUUGAGCAAAAACCUUUUAUAUCUAAAACUAGUAAUACAAAUGGAGUUCCUUUGGAUUCUCUUCCAUCCGGAUUGGACAUUAGUAACACCUUCAUUAUUGGUACACAUAAGCCUUCUGUAGAAGUUCUAUCAUUUACUUCUGAUAAAGGCGUGAAUGUUCUUGCCAUUGGGUCUAUAACCUUAACAAACACUCUUGGAACAACCAUAAGUGGCUGCAUUCCUCAAGAUGUAAGACUUGUACUCGUUGAUCGGCUUUAUGUUCUUUCAGGAUUAAGGAACGGUAUGCUACUCAGAUUUGAGUGGCCCUCUGCCUCGAUAAUUGCCUCACUAGAGUCGCCUGCCCUUCAAACUUUUGACAAUUCUUGUAUGGCUAAUUCCAGUGGUUCCUCAAUUUUUGCUUCUCAGAAUUUUAGAACUCAACCUAUGCAAGUGUCCAGUUUAUUGGAUAAGACAAAGGAUUCUCCUGUUUAUCUGCAAUUAGUUGCAGUUCGUCGGAUUGGCAUCACUCCUGUUUUUCUGGUUCCAUUGAAUGACUCUCUUGAUGCUGAUGUCAUCGCUCUAAGCGAUAGACCCUGGUUAUUGCAAACUGCAAGGCAUAGCCUCUCGUAUACUUCAAUCUCUUUUCCACCUUCCACACAUGUUACUCCAGUCUGUUCAACUGAAUGUCCCAAGGGAAUUAUCUUUGUUGCUGAAAACAGUCUUCAUUUGGUAAGAGAAAAGCCAUAUUAUUGUUAACAGAGCUCAACAUUGGUACAUCACCUCCCUAGUUGCACUUGUAGUUUACAUAUUAUAUGUUGGAAAAGCAAGCACAAGCCACAUAGGAUUUCUUCUCGUUGUUCUCAUAUCCAGUUGAUGGCGGAUAUUCAAUGGCACUUUAUUCAUGCCACUCCCGUUUGCA